AUGACAUCACAGAUAAUUUAUAAGGCACCUUAAUAAACACCUUAGCAGAUAGAUAAGUCGAAGUAAGUGAGAUUUAAGAAAUCUGGAAACCUGAAAGUAGAAAAUUUGUAAAGACGAUAUCUGCAGGCUAUUUAUUAGUUGGGAAAGAUCACUGUGAAGUAUUUAGAUUUUACUUUAAUUAGUGCCAUAAGAAAUACUUAAAGGUGCUCUAAUAGUUUUUAGGAAAUGAGUCAUAUAUUUAAUCAAUUCAAUUUAAUUGAUUAUUGA